AUGGCCGACGAUAACUCAGCAGACCAAACCACCGACUCACCCGACCCGAAUCCAUCAGGAGACCCAAAUGCUGAUACCAACAAAGACACCAACGUCUCUCUUUCAUCAGAUUCUGACUCAGACUCUGAUUCCGACUCCGAGUACGAUUAUGACUACACUCCAUCAUCCACCAACCAAGAGGAAGGCGUUAUCACCUACAGCAGACCGGGAGACGAAAUCCCAGAAUCGGAGAACACGUCGGAGAAAAACAUUGCCCGGUUCGCGGAGGUAUUGGAGAGCAGAAGGAUGAAGAAGAUGAAAGAAGAAGAAGACAGAAACUAUGUCUUUUACGAGGAUUUGUUUGAUUUUCCGAGGGAUAAAGAGAAUUGGAGGGAAGAGGAUUUGAAGGAGUUGUGGGCUGACCCGCCAUGGGAAUCUACGAAACCAGGCUGGGACCCAGUGUGGGCGGAUGAGGAGGAUUGGGAUAUUGUUAAGAAGAUGAAGGAAGAAGGGAGAGACCCGCCUAUUGCGCCUUUUUAUGUGCCUUAUAGAAAGCCUUAUCCGGUGAUUCCUGAUAAUCAUUAUGAUAUUUCGAAUCCGAAAGCUGUUAUUGAAGAGCUGGAUAGAAUAGAGGAGUUUUUGACUUGGGUUAGCUACAUUUUCGAAGAUGGUAGCUCGUAUGAAGGAACUGUUUGGGAUGACUUGGCACAUGGAAAGGGUGUUUAUGUUGCUGAACAGGGGCUAGUCAGGUAUGAAGGUGAGUGGCUUCAGAACAACAUGGAGGGCCAUGGAGUUGUAGAAGUUGAUAUACCUGAUAUAGAACCUAUACCAGGUUCCAAGCUUGAAGCAAAAAUGCGUUCUGAAGGAAGAAUUAUAUCAAGAGAUUUUAUGUCCCCAGAAGACAGGGAAUGGCUAGAGAUGGAUAUUGAAGACAGCAUGCGUCUGGCUGGAGGGCAGUAUGAAAUACCUUUUUACGAGAAUGAUGAGUGGAUUAGACAAUUUGGACAAAAACCGUUACUGAAUUUGGGCACGCCACUUCCUUUGGUGAGAACUCGUGAUCAUGUGCCUUGCAUCCCUUUCAAAGGAUGGGAGAAAGGUCGGUACCGUUAUGCUGGUGAAUGGAAGCAUGGCAGGAUGCAUGGAUGCGGUGUCUAUGAAGUCAACGAGCGCACCAUAUUUGGCAGGUUCUACUUCGGAGAGUUUGUAGAGGAUGCUACUGAUUGUGAUGAAGACAUCUCUGCAGUCUUACAGGUGCAUGCAGGAAUAGCUGAAGUAGCUGCUGCAAAGGCUAGGAUGUUUGUCAAUAAACCAGAUGGAAUGGUCAGGGAAGCCUUUGGUCCAUACAGUGAUCCUCAACAUCCCUAUUUCUACGAGGAAGAAGAUGUGUGGAUGGCACCAGGCUUCAUCAACCAGUUCUAUGAAGUUCCUGAUUAUUGGAAGAGAUAUGCACAUGAGGUAGAUCAAGAAAGAGAGAUGUGGUUAAAUUCCUUUUAUAAAGCUCCACUGAGAUUGCCUAUGCCUGCUGAGCUUUCAUACUGGUGGGAGAAUGAGGAGACUCCUGAAUUCGUUGUUCUUAACAAGAAACCAGAACCCGAUCCUGAAGAUCCAUCUAAGCUCAUAUACACUGAAGAUCCUGUCAUUCUACACACACCAACUGGACGAAUAAUCAACUGGGUUGAGGAUGAGGAACAUGGGAUUCGGUUAUUUUGGCAGCCACCUCUGAAAGACGGGGAAGAUGUGGAUCCUGAUAAAGUUCAGUUCCUACCCCUUGGUUUUGAUGAAUUUUAUGGAAAAGAGGACGUGGUAAAGAAGGAAAACAUAUGGCAGCGUCUUCGAAAAGCAGUUGAUAUUGUGUGCAAGCCGGUGUUUGAUAAAGUACAGAAAUGGACCGAAGAGAAGAAGAAAGCUAGUGAGUUAAAAGUACAGUUGUAUGAAAAGGAACUUGAGUUGAUAGAGGCUGAAUUGUGUCUAGAAGAGGCCAUUGAAGACUUCGAUGAGGAGCUGAAGAUGAGAGAAAAAGAGGAGGAAGAGAAUACCUCCGUGUCCACCCAACAGGAGGAGAAACCGUUAGCCAAAGAUGAAGAGGAAGAAGAGGAAGCAGAAGAAGACGAGGAGGAGGAAGAUGAGGAUACUACACCAUCAAGUUUUGGUUCUGUGUCCCAAGAUGAGGAUCCAGCAAAGAAUGAACAGAAAGGAAACAGACCUACGGGAGCUCCAUUUUCUACAUCUUCACUGUCAUUUGCUUCCUGUAGCCUUCUUUCAACAGUUCCCACUAGGCUACAGCAAUCAUUUCUAGCAUGGAAGAACAGAUUGCCAAAAAAGGCAACUCCUUCCUUUUGUGUGGACAGCCCGCAUGACCUCUCAGGAAUGGUUAAUUCAGUCAGUUUUCCCUCAGUCCUUGGCCAAAAGGGAAGGUUGAGAGCUGAUAGUCCGGAAAAUCAGAAGUUUCAAGCUAUAAACCAUUCCUUUGGAAAGAUGUCUCGGUUGCAUUCCUUAUCUCGAACUCAGUCUCGUCCUUCAGCUUCUGUGAAUCCCAAAGUAAGUGUCAAAAAGCCAAGAAAACAGAGGCAUCCUUGGCUGCAUGCAGCACCAGAGAGAGAUUCAGACAGCGUAUUGUCAUUGCACACACAAUUGUGCAGAGAUCGCAUGGAUCUCUGUAACUGUCCUAAUUUUGUUUUAGGGAAGCUUACCAGGAAGGGAUCUCUGGGUUCUCUUCCUGGGAAGAACCCCAGUGUCUUGAGACGAAUAGAGAUCGAACUAAGUCGAUCUCUGAAGAGAAAACCAGAGAUCGACCUAGAUCAAUCUUUGAUGUUGAGACAGCAUGAGAUCCACCCAAAUCGAUUUCUGACAAAGUGGAAAGGACCAUCUAAGGAGAUCAUUCUCGCCCCUGCCUAUCUUCAACAGAAUUCUGGAAGCUGCCUGAAGUCGACAGAGGCUGCCUGUAAAGAAGACAGAAUAUUAGCAAUAACUCCAAUCCGAAGAGUGCAAGUUCGCCAGAUAAUGGCAAGGCAAGAGGGCGCUCUAUCUCUAAAGGGAUAUGUGGAAUCUUUGGGCUUUGACUUGGGUAAUUGGUCCCAAGUUGGCUCACACCCGGUGAAGGCUGUGCUCGUUCUAUCGUCUGAGACUGAGUAA